AUGUCUGAGGGAGCUUACCAACGCCUCUGGGACUCCUCCCACGUGAUCCUGCAAGAGCUGCUGGACCAGGAGGAGCCCCUGCUCCAGCCUGUGCCCAACCAGAAGCGGCAGUCCUUCCAGUACACGCUCUCGUCGCUCUACCUGUACUACCUGGGGCUGCUGCGCCGCUUCAACACCCUCUACGACCAGAUGGUGCAGCCACAGAAACGGCGGCUGCUGCGGCGCCUGCUGGACGGUGUGGCGGGCCGGGUGCUGGAGCUCAAGGAGGAGAUGGUGCGCAUGGACCUGUGCGAGCACCACUGCCUGGACCACGUGCUGCAGGACCUCCAUCUCACCCCGGCAGACCUGGAGGUCCCAAUCCCCACAUACUUCCUGCUGGAGCAGUCCAACGUCCUACAGGAGCGAGGGCUGAUGCUGGCAGAGAUCCUGUCCAGAAUGGAGCCAGUGUCCUUCCAGGAGAACCUUCCAUCAAUGAACCGGACUGACGCCAUAAUCCUGCUGCAAACUGCCGAGCGGGCCAGGCAAGGCCGGCUCCGAGCCACCUUCUUUCGAGAAAUUCGGAGAGAGGAGGAGUGGGAUCGGAAGAUGAGGGAGGGCGGGUGGCACAAGUUCAAUCAGGACCAAGCCGCUAUCAUCAUUCAGAAGGUGUGGAAAGGUCACCUGCAGAGGAAACGCACUCAGCAGGACCGGCAAACAGAGAUGGAAUUCAUCGGCAUGCUCCCCGUGUCCAACCCACUGGAGAGUUUGGGCCUCAGGCCCCCGACCAGCCUCAGGGAGGAUGCCAGGAGGCUCCGUCAGAUGGAGAAGGAGGAAGAGUUCCAGUUGGCCAUAGUGAAGACCCAAGACUCGCUCAGAGAGACCGAGGGGCCCAGCAUGAAGGAGAAAAUGAAGGCGCAAAUCCGACAGUGGUUUAUCGAGUGCCAUGCCCUUACUGGCCGAUUCCCCGAUUAUCCAGAUGAGUCUUCAGGUGGAUCCUACCUGAUCUUCUCAGACAAGACCCCAGAACAGGUGAAAACGGAACUGGAGACGCAGGUCCAGGGGGGCACUAAAAAAGAUGAAGGCAAAAGUAAGGAAAAAGAAAAGGAGAAAAGAGAGAAGAAAGGGAGAGAAGAAAAGACCAAGAUGGGGGAAGCAGAUACAACGCUGAGAGUGUUGCCGUCCAAAUUUGUACCCCUGAUCAAUGCGGGGCACGAGGAGUAUAAAAAUACGUGGAAGAACAAGCAUAGCAGCGCCUACCUCAGUCAGAGUUUCGACGCUGAGACCCUCCGGCUGGAGAAGAGGAAGGAAAUGGAGCAGGAGAUCCGGAUACAGGUGGAUGAGCUGAUGCGUCAAGAGCUGAAGAGCCUGCGCCUGGCUGUGGACCGGGAGGAGGACAGACCCUUCAAGGCUCCAAAGAAAAAAAAUGGGAAGAAAGCUGGGAAGAAGAAGGAAAAGGAUCUGACCCCAGACAGGUCCGUGUCCUCUCUGUUUGAAGAACUCGUCAUCUACAGCUUUCUGAAGAAGAGCAUGACGGUGGCAUUGAAGGACUUCGUUGGUGACUUCCUCUACCUGGGAUCCACACUGAGUCUGGCCAACAAGUUGCCUAUGCCUUCCCUGUUCGACAUGCGACAGAACAUAGCCUUGUACGCCGUGCUUCGGCUGGGCUCCUCAGAUAUACACUCCAUGGCUCCGCUCAUCCGCUCCAUCCUCCUGGUGGGCCCCGCUGGCACGGGGAAGAAGAUGCUGGUCAAUGCUGUGUGCACAGAAACGGGUGCCAACCUGUUCGACCUGUCCCUUGCCAACCUGCAGGGCAAAUACUCUGGCAAGGCUGGGGUGUCCAUGAUAGUGCAUAUCGUCUUUAAGGUGGCUCGACUCCUACAGCCCUCGGUGAUCUGGAUUGGAAACGCCGAGAAGAAUUUCUAUAAGAAGGUCCCAAAGGAAGAGAAGGAGAUGGAACCAAAGCGAAUAAGGAGGGACCUCACCAAGGCCCUGAGACUGCUGAAUCCCGGGGACCGUGUCAUGCUGAUAGGGACCACUGAGCGGCCGCAUCUCGCUGAGAUGAGGGGGCUGUGCCGGACCUACGAGCGGAUUCUCUUCAUGCCACGGCCUGAUUACGCUUCGCGCUAUGUGCUCUGGAAACACAUGCUGGACGCCCAGAAUGUCCAGGUGACCCAGAGCCUGGACAUCAGCUCCCUGGCCAAAGUGUCCGAUGGCUACACACCGGGUCACAUUCUCCAAGCCAUCCGAUUGGUGCUCACCGAGCGGCGGAUCCUGCAGUUGUCCAAGCGGCCCCUGGUGGCCUCGGAGUUCCUGGGUCAUCUGGCGAAGCUGGAGCCAGUGUACAGGGAGGAGGAGGAGUCCCUCAAGGACUGGUACUUCAAGACCCCGCUGGGCAAGAAGAGGAUGCAAUUUCUCAAGGACCAGGAGGCCGAGGAGGCCAGGUUGGCAAAUGAGAAGAAGAAGAAGCGGAAGUGA